AUGCCACCAAAAGGGAAAAAAGGAAAGUCCGAAAAAAAGAAAAAUAAAGAGAAAGAAGAAAUUCUUCGUCCAUCUGAAAAAGAAACCAUUCUCCAAGACGAACUCGAUAAAAAAGUACAAGAAUUAACUGAUAUAAAAUUGCGUGUUCAAGAAAAUAAUUGGCUUAAUGAAGAAGCAAAUAAAGUUCGCGCAGAAACAGCUGAAUACGUGCAAUAUAUGUCGAAAAAGACAAAUAUUCGUCAAGCACAAAUUGUUACAUUAACUGAUUAUCAUCGACAAGAAAUCGAAGAAAUAAAUCGAGAUAAAGAGAAUAUGUUAAAAGAAUAUGAGAAAAAAAAAGAAGAAUUACGAUCUCAAUUAUUAAAAAAAGAACAAUUAUUAGCACAAACAAAACAUGAAUUAGAAAAUAUGGGAGAAUAUAAAAAUAUUCAAGAACAACAAAAUAAUGAAAUAAAACGUUUACAAGAAGAAAUUAAUCGUAUGCGUGGUGAACAUGUACGUGAAAUAUCUAAUAUGAGAUUAACUUUUCAAAAAGAAGUUCAACGACAACGUACCGAAGAAGAUGCUAAAGUUCAAGAAAUUCGACGACAAGCUGAUCAAGAAGCAGAACAAUUUCUUUAUGAUCGAACUUUAAGUAUUCAAAGUGAAAAUCUUCAAUUACGUAAAUCAUUACAAGAAUUACUUAAACAAAUUCAAGCAUUGGAUGAAUCAAAACAAAAUUUAGAAGAAGAACAACUUAUUUUAAUUCGACAACUUAAAUUAGCUACUGAUCUUAAACGAAUACGUUUGAAUAAAACUACACUACCUCUCAGUACUACUUCAACUAAAUCAACACCUCAUUAA